AUGGUACCGUUGUUGCUGCUGGUGCUGGUUCUGCUGCUGCUGCUGCCCCAUACAGCCUGUGGGAUGCUAAAGGCAAAAUGCCCACUGUAUUUCAUGCACACAACCUUCUUUGACACUCACGAAUUGAAUUAUUACAGCCCAGGAGACCACAUCAUCAGCGGGAUCCUCUCGACAACCCAAGCUAUGUUUAUACGAGAGUCUUUCUACAAGCCUCCCUUUGUCGUCCUAAUACCGACCGCAGAAACCAAGUUCUGGCAUAUCCUGUCCUUCGUGUUUAGCAUUCAGGAGAUCAAUCGGAAUCCCAGGCUGUUGCCCAACAUCACUCUGGGCUACGACAUCUAUGAGACUGUGUCCAGUGAAAGACUAACUUACGAUGCCCUGGUAGACCUGACUUCUCCGGAAUGGAAGAAUGUUCCCAACUACAACUGUGGAGGUCAGAGUAACCCACUGGCUGUUCUUGAAGGGGCGACCUCUGACAUCUCUGGUGACAUUUCCAGCAUAUUGAGCAUCUACAAAAUCCCACAGGCCCUGCCUUACUACAGGUGCACUCCAAGCUGUCGCCCCGGCUCCAUGAAGGUGGUUCAGAACGAAAAGCCAGUUUGCUGCUACGCUUGUGCCCCGUGUGCAGAAGGGACCAUCUCCGUACAGGAAGAUCGUAGCCUGGUGCUCUACCAACCCUUUUUUAUAAGGCAAACAUUACAGCAGAUUUAUAGGGCGUUUCCUACUUUUCCAGAUGCAGACCACUGCAACAAGUGUCCAGACGAUCAGUAUCCAAACAAGGACCGGAUUCAAUGUAUCCCCAAGGUGAUAACGUUCCUGUCUUACGGAGAACCACUGGGGAUCAGCCUAGUUAUCUUUGCCCUACUCUUGUCCAUAACUACAAGUUUUGUGAUAGGAAUCUUCAUUAAACACCAGGAUACGCCACUUGUCAGAGCCAACAACCGGGACCUCACCUACAUACUCCUGGUCUCCCUCCUGCUUUCUUUUCUGUCCUCCUUUCUGUUCAUCGGCCAGCCAAGGAAGGUGACCUGCCUUCUCCGACAAACCGCCUUCAGCAUCAUCUUCUCAGUCGCUGUCGCUUCUGUGUUGGCCAAAACCAUCACUGUGGUGGUAGCCUUCAUGGCCACCAAGCCAGGAAACAGAAUGAGGAAAUGGCUGGGGAAGAGUCUGGCCAACUCCAUUGUCAUUUCUUGUUGUGUUGUCCAAGUUGGCCUCUGCAUCAUUUGGCUGGGAAUCUCUCCCCCCUUCCCAGACUCUGACAUGCACUCUCAGCAAGGCCAGAUCACUCUGCAAUGCAACGAAGGGUCUGUUGCCAUGUUUUAUGGUGCCCUGGGCUACAUGGGCUUUCUGGCUGCCAUCUCUUUCACUGUGGCUUUCCUGGCCAGGAAGCUGCCUGGGGCCUUCAACGAAGCCAAGCUGAUCACCUUCAGCAUGUUGGUGUUUUGCAGUGUUUGGGUGUCCUUUGUGCCCACCUACCUGAGCACGAAGGGGAAAUACAUGGUGGCUGUGCAGGUCUUCUCCAUAUUGGCCUCCAGUACCAGCCUGUUGGGCUGCAUUUUCAUCCCCAAAUGCUACAUUAUCAUCAUGAGGCCUGAUCUGAAUACCAAGGAGCAUCUAAUGACAAAAACUGAGGAUGGUGCCUGACCUGUAGCACAGUUUUAAAAACUAUUUUUGUCUUUGGUUGUUGUGGAUUUUCCGGGCUGUAUA